AUGGAACUUUAUCAAGCAACCACAACCGCUCCCGUAAACAUUGCGGUUAUCAAGUACUGGGGUAAGCGUGAUGCGAAAUUGAACCUCCCCACCAACUCUUCGUUGUCCGUUACUCUCUCUCAAGAUGAUUUGAGAGCUCUUACGACUGCUUCAUGCUCGCCCACCUUCACUGAAGAUCGCCUAUGGCUCAAUGGCGUUGAGGAGAGCGUCGCAACUAGCUCUCGUCUCACCGCUUGCAUCGACAACCUGCGUCAACUCCGCGCAGAGCUUGAGCAGGAAAACCCCUCCGCGCCCAGGUUAAGCACCUUCAAACUUCAUAUCUGCUCAGAAAACAACUUCCCGACCGCCGCCGGACUCGCCUCAUCGGCUGCUGGUUUUGCUGCUUUGGUGCGCGCUAUCGCUGACCUCUACCAACUCCCACAGUCCGCGAAGGACCUUUCUCGGAUCGCAAGACAGGGAUCUGGAUCGGCCUGUCGGUCUUUGAUGGGUGGCUAUGUAUCGUGGGAAAUGGGCGAGGCGGAUGAUGGCAACGACUCCCUGGCUGAGCAGGUGGCACCGCAAUCGCAUUGGCCUGAGAUGCGUGCCGCUGUUCUUGUCGUUUCGGCGGAGCGCAAGACAGUCCCAUCUACUGCUGGAAUGCAAGCUACCGUUGCUACCUCUGCUCUUUUCCGUCAUCGCGCUGAUGUGGUUGUUCCGGAGCGCAUGUCGGCCAUGAAGCGUGCCAUCAAAGAGAAGGAUUUUGAGGCUUUCGCUGAUCUCACGAUGAAAGACUCCAACCAGUUUCAUGCUGUAUGCCUUGAUACUUCCCCUCCUAUUUUCUAUCUGAACGAUACCUCUCGCGCUUGUAUCCGUUUCGUGGAAGAGCUCAAUAGGUCCGCAGGCAAGGUUAUUGCGGCAUACACGUACGAUGCAGGGCCGAACUGCGUUAUUUACUAUACUGUUGAGAAUGAGGAAAUUGUUUUGGGGGCCUUGAAAAAAUGCCUUGCAAACAUCGAUGGAUGGCGGGAACGGGAUGCUGCGCUUGCUGCAAGUCUGCCUGAAGGAUUCGACUCACGAACGUUGGAUGCUGUGUCGCAGGGAAUUACACGUUUGAUCCUCACGCAAGUUGGCGGUGACCCUGUCAGCAUCGCGCAGGAUAAGGGUUUGAUUGGGCAGGAUGGACUUCCUAAAUCCUUGAAGGGGCAUUGA